AUGGUUAUAAUUAAUGUAAGAUUAAGGAAAUCGUCAUCAUCAUCAUCAUCAUCAUCAUCAUCAUCAUCAUCAUCAUCAUCAUCAUCAUCAUCAUCAUCAUCAUCAUCAUCAUCAUCAUCAUCAUCAUCAUCAUCAUCAUCAUCAUCAUCAUCAUCAUCAUCAUCAUCAUCAUCAUCAUCAUCAUCAUCAUCAUCAUCAUCAUCAUCAUCAUCAUCAUCAUCAUCAUCAUCAUCAUCAUCAUCAUCAUCAUCAUCAUCAUCAUCAUCAUCAUCAUCAUCAUCAUCAUCAUCAUCAUCAUCAUCAUCAUCAUCAUCAUCAUCAUCAUCAUCAUCAUCAUCAUCAUCAUCAUCAUCAUCAUCAUCAUCAUCAUCAUCAUCAUCAUCAUCAUCAUCAUCAUCAUCAUCAUCAUCAUCAUCAUCAUCAUCAUCAUCAUCAUCAUCAUCAUCAUCAUCAUCAUCAUCAUCAUCAUCAUCAUCAUCAUCAUCAUCAUCAUUAAUGAUACAUUAAUGUUGAAUUCAUGUACAAUUGAUUAAUCAUUGAAUUGUGACUAUUAUCAUAUUUUGUUAUAUCCCGAUGAGAAUAAUGAAUGGUAACUGUUGGGAUCUAUUUCUGGACUAUUACUAUACGUAUAUGUUUUAUCGUAUAAUUGUUAAGUAACUAAACUAUUCAUAUUUGUGUCCCUCUUAUUAUGAGCUUUGUUUUGACAUAUGAACUAUUACUAUACAAAUUACCAUUCUUG